GGGAGAGUAGGGGCGGACUGGCAGGCGGGGCUGAGCUUUGGCGACCAAGCCUGGAGUAGAGCGACCAAGCAGGCGACUGGAGGUUCCUGCGGCUGCGCCCCAGACUGAGCCAAGACCCUUGAUCAGGCCCGCCCCUCUCGGCCGGCUCUAGCCGGCUCCAGCGGGGUCUCUCCUGGAGCCCUGCCCUAGCUUCCUCGCUUACAACCGAAAUUUAGUUUGCAAGUUUUAUUCUUGAGACUUUCCCCCCAGGGCUUCUAGGAGGACAGCAGACCUCUGACUGGGACAUUUAAGCACUGGGGUUACUCGGUUCCCAGAAGCUCAAGUCCUAAGUGUCCCGACAAAAGACCGGCGGGUCCUUAAGAUUUGCUGGAAAACUACGAGAGGAUGGGAGAACCGCUGUCCAUUCAAACCCUUCUGCUCAGCUCGAAAACGAUUAACUGAAGCGCGGUUUGGAUGAAUGCUCUCCAGCCUUAACCAACGCCGCUCCUGGAUGAAAGACUGGGACUCUCUCGAACCCCUGCAGAGUCGAAGUCUGUAGCUGGGUUCGGAGGUCCUCCCGGAGGGCUGCUAGCUCAGAGUCCCGGGACCGGGAUCCGCCCCACCUCUAGCUUCCUUCUUGGAGCCGGGACCGGACUGAUCUCCCGGAGGCGGGAAGGAGAGGAGAGGAUCGUCCACGCGGGCGGCCCGGAGGCAUCAGCGUGGAAUGGUCCGGAAGAUAGAUGGCUCUUCGGUGCGAGCCAGGGCUGCCUAGUCCCGAGGAAACAGUCUGGUCCCUGGGGGCAGGGAUGCCAGGGAGAUGUAUAUGAGAACACUGAAACUGACCUAGAAAAGUACGAUUGAAGGUAGUGGUGCAGAAAAUGACCCCACCCUGAACACUGAAAGGAUGAUUUGUCCAGAUUUCAGGUUGCAACAUUGUACGUACUGAUUCUUCGGUGGAAUAUCACCCCGUGAAAGGUCUCUGAAGUCAUACCCAGCAUCCUGUCUGUGGCCUUUUCAGCAGUCCUGUUUCCAUCAUGGCGCAUCUAGAUGCCUAUAGACAGACAGAUGGAAGAAGAUGCUCAACGUCAUCAUAUUCGUGAGCUCGCCAUGAUGGAACCCAAGCUCUUCCCUCUGGUCUACUUUUGACAUCUUUUCCCUUGCACGAGCUGCCCAUAGUUUGAUCCAAAGUAAUGCUGAAAAUGCACCUCACCAUUGUGUACACAGGAAUUAUACUUGAUGGCUACAGUGCAUGUCCAUAGGAAGAAGCACAUGGAUCAAGCAUGUGCGGCCACAGGCAGAACUUACUGAGGAGCGCCAGUGUCAACGGAUUUGGACACACCAAUGUCUUCGUUCUGUAGCGUUCCAUUCUUUUACAAUCCCAGAGAAAAUGCUGCUAGAAGAGAAUUUUGUGUGGAAUGAGAUAUUCCCAUAUUUUACGACCAAUAUGCAUUAAGAAACACAUCUACUCUACAAACACAAAGUUCCAUAGUCCUGAAGAAGCAAGCAGUCAUAUACAUACAGACCUGAGAACAUGAGAAUGUUUUUUAGCAGCAGAAGAGUCAAGAGAUGGAAAUUUUUUCACUUUUUUGCCACUUGUUUUAUAUUAAGCUUUAUGGUUUUCUGGGGCUCAAUCAAUAAUUAUGUCAUGAGCCAUAUGAAGUCCUACUCCUACAGAUACCUCAUAAAUACCUAUAACUUUGUGAACGAUUCCCUGUCUCUCAAGCACAGCUCUGUGCAACCUCACUACAAAUACUUGAUCAACCACAGAGAGAAAUGUCAGGCUCAAGAUAUCCUUCUCUUACUGUUUAUAAAGACUGCUCCUGAAAACUAUGACCGACGUUCUGCAAUCAGAAAAACGUGGGGCAAUGAGAAUUAUGUUCAGUCUAGAUUCAAUGUCAACAUCAAAACUCUUUUUGCAUUAGGAACUCCUGAUCCACUGAAGGGAGAAAAACUGCAAAAAAGACUGAUUUGGGAAGAUCAAGUGCACAAGGAUAUAAUUCAGCAAGAUUUCCUUGAUUCUUUCCACAAUCUUACUUCUAAAUUUCUUCUUCAGUUCAGCUGGGCGAACACCUUUUGCCCACAUGCCAAAUUCCUGAUGACUGCUGAUGAUGAUAUAUUUAUCCACAUUCCAAACCUCAUUGAAUAUCUUCAAGGGCUAGAGCAGAUUGGAGUUCGAGACUUUUGGGUUGGUCAUGUUCAUCGGGGUGGCCCCCCUGUUAGAGACAAAAGCAGCAAAUAUUAUGUUCCCUAUGAAAUGUACAAGUGGCCGGCCUACCCUGACUAUACAGCUGGUGCUGCCUACGUCGUCUCCAGCGAUGUAGCUGCCAAAAUCUAUGAGGCAUCGCAGACAGUAAAUUCCAGUAUGUACAUAGAUGAUGUAUUCAUGGGCCUCUGCGCCAAUAAAGUGGGGAUAGUGCCACAGGACCAUGUAUUUUUCUCUGGGGAAGGGAAGAUUCCUUAUCAUCCCUGCAUCUAUGAAAAGAUGAUAACAUCUCACGGACACUUAGAUGAUCUGCAGGAGCUCUGGAAGGAAGCUACAGAUCCUAAAGUAACGCACAUUUCAAAUGGGUUUUUUGGUCAAAUAUACUGCAGGUUAAUUAAGAUAGUUCUUCUCUGCAGAUUGACUUACAGGAAUUCUUAUCCUUGUAGGGCUGCAUUUGCCUGAUAGUACUUGGAUGCUGUACUGUGUUAACUGUCACUGAGCCAAACUUGAAUGGGAAAAAAAAAAUCUGUAAAUGUUUCUCUCUACCCUAAGUCAAAUGAAUUCAAAGCAAAGAGGUCAUUUCAAAAUCCAGUCAAACUAGUCAAUAUAACUCCAAAUUAAAUUGCAGCUUAAUUUCAAUUUAAGGAAUCAUUUAAAUCAACUUAAAGACUUAAAUCAUGAGCAAGAGUCAAGUAGAAAUUUCAAUUUCUCUUUGGUUCUACAAGUGUAUUUGAGGUAUGGAGAGCACCUGAAAAGCCUUGGUAUCAAAAUAAUAACUUUGAGAAAAUACCUAGCAAAUGUAUAAUGUAGCAUUUCUAAGAAAGUAAUACAUUUUAGAACAAGCAAUCCAAAUUAUCUUUAUUAAAGAGUACUAGGUAGAGGUGGGAGGAGGCAGGUGGUAUAGAAGAAAGUAUAUCAAUGUGAUGAAAGGUUCAUUUGAAUAAGGACAUACAAGGAAAAGUCUAUAAUUUUGUUACAGUUAAGUCACUUAACAUUGGCAUUCCUAUAGCCAUUUACCUAGGCAGUUCUGGAAUCAUUUAAAAUAUAUUUUUAUCAUUGUCUCAAAAAAAAUUUUUUUAGUAUAAAACUUUAGAAAGUGGUCAGCUCUGUCCUAACCAAUACCAUGUGUAGGCUUUCUCUAAAGUUGUAAAACAGGAGUAGUUCCUGUGCCCUGGAGGACCUUCUUUAAAGAUAAAUUCCUGUCAACUCCAAUAAGCUGGUUUUAAUUUAAUGAAUUAUUCAAUUGCUUUUAAAGUAUUAAAUAUUAGCCUUUGUUUAAGGGUAGUUGUUUGGAUACAGCUUACAGUGAGGAGUAGAAUAAUGGAAGAGACUUAAAGGAACGAUAGAACUAGGGGUAUUGCUCAGCACCCAAAAGGGAAAAGACAAAGAAGCAUGCAUUAAAAGUCUCUUUUCCUUGUAACUUGUAAUGUGUUAGCUUGGGGUCCAGAUCAUGACAUUCAUGACUCACAUUAACCCACGCUUACUAACGCGAUCUCAUAGGACGCAGAUUUUGUUCCAGGUGCAGACUCUUAACCUGAAAGUUUUUAAUACUCUGCCACAUCUAAAAUAAUCUAUUAUUUGACUCAGUAGCUAUCAGAGGUGAUCUUUUAAAUAUUUCAAACAUGGGAGCAGAGUAAGAGAGCUGAGAAACUGACCAAAUGCGAUUAGAAAUUUCAGUAAAUCUGCAUGUUCUUUGUAAUCAGAGGCUUGGCAGAUCUAAUAAAUUAAAUUACAUUUAUUUUACAAAACAGGAUUAAGACGUGGCUGAUAUGCAAACAUCAUGAGGAAUUCAUAAAUACCUAUGACUUUGUGAACGAUUCCCUGUCUCUCAAGCACAGCUCUGCGCAGCCUCACUACCCAUACUUGAUCAACCACAGAGAGAAGUGUCAGGCUCAAGAUGUCCUCCUCUUACUGUUUAUAAAGACUGCCCUCGAGAACUAUGACCGAGUACCAGUAUGCUGAGUAUGCUGAGUACUGGUCUCCAGGAUCUGGAGUCUGCAUGAAGAUCCAAGUGACGCUAUGUCACCCUGCCCACAAAUUAUUUCUAAUUGGUAAAGUUGCCAACAGCCAAUAGCCGGGCAGAAGAGACAUGGGUGGGGUUUAGGAUUCCUGGGCUUGGGUCAGAGGGGAGGCACAAGGGAAAGAAGAAGGGAGAGGAGAAAGAAAAAGCUGCACCAGCCCAGAAAGGACUAAGGGACAUUCAUCGAGUAAGGACCUGUGAAGCAGGCCAAAACACGACUUCAGCGAAUGGAGACAGAUGCUUAACAAACCUCAGACAGAGGCACAUAGUAGGGCAAGUUUAGCUACCAUUAUUAGGAUGAUGUUGGAAAUAAUGUGAAAAAAAAUCUAAGAGUUUCUCAAAAUACACAACUAAAUGAUAUCUGUGUUUUUGCAGGUAGAUUUUUUUUUAAAAAUGUUUACAGAAAUCUUUGUAAGUUUUUUAUUAUGAGAUAUGAAGCUUGUUUAUACCGCUCUGGUAGUUUCUUAUUAAUUUCAAGACCAGUGUUAAACAUUCUAAGAUAGUUAUUUUAGGGUAGAUUCAGGGUUUUAGAUUAUUAACAGUUCAGGUGUUCUCAUCAGUUUUUUUAAAUACUAGAGAACAAAAGUGUAAUUUUAAGAGCAACUUCAUAGUUAAUUCUCACCAGUUGGCCCUUUGAUAACUGCUGGCUUUAGGUAUACAUGGGAUAAUAAGUGUCCAUGUUUCUACAUGGAACUGGUAAAAGUUGUCACUGGCUGGAAAAUGUCAUCUUUCCCUCUUGUGUACAAACAAGAUGGUCUGUGUACACUGGUACUUUAUGAAGUAGUUCUUUGUUUGAUUGAUUGAGCUCUAUUGAACCUUGUUCAUCUUUUUAAUUUUUGCUUAGAAUAGAAUGGAACUGGUUUGGAGGUACUCUGUCUUUUGGAAUUGGCAGAUGACUCCAUUAUAAGAUCCAAAGCCCUGAAAGGUAUUUAUAAACACAGUUGUUCUAACCUUUUAAAAAGAAAAGAAACAACUUGCUCUAAUACAGGGCUGCUUUCAAAAUGAAAAAUGAAACAAAAAAGGAAAUAAACUAUUGGUCCAGAUGGUCACUUGAGUUUUAAAAAAUGGCUGCACACAGUAAUACUGCUAAAAGACAAAACAAAACUUACCUCGUUAUUCUUGGUUUGCAUCUUUUUUCAGCUAUUAAUUUUAUACCAAAAUGUUAAAUAUUUAUAUUGCUUGAGUUUCAAUCUUGUAUGAAAAUUAGUAGGUUUAAAAAUUAUAUGCUUUCCAAUAAAUAAGUUAAAAAUCA